AUGAUUCUCGUCCCUGUCCUCCUGCUCAUCCUCAUACCCGCCCUACUGGCGUCUAUAUGCAUACUGUCCUUACUCCUCUACAUCGCACUCUAUCGCGCCUCCACCACAACCAGUCGCACCUCCCUCGGCCGGUCAGCAGCUGUAGUCGUACUCGGCGAUGUGGGUCGCUCACCCCGGAUGUGCUAUCACGUCGAGUCCCUGGCAGAUGAAGGAUGGAGAGUAGCCGUCGUAGGCUAUGGAGGUUCGUCUCUGCCUACGAGCAUACAGAGGAGUAGCGUACGCUUUCACAAGCUCAAAGAGGUGCCAAGCUGGAUUGCGAAGCUGCCCAGGGCGGCAUUCGUAGCUGUAGCUCCUCUCAAGCUCCUCUGGCAGAGUGUGGGACUGUUUUGGAAGAUCACAAUGACCAUCCAGCCGCCGCCGGAGGUCAUCUUUGUUCAGACCCCGCCUGCCUUGCCGACGCUGCUGAUCAUUCGGAUAUGCUCGCUGCUGCUGUCGUCUCGUGUAGUGAUAGACUGGCACAAUCUCGGAUAUACCAUUCUCGGCCUGCGCCUGGGCCAAGACUCCCCCCUCGUCUCCUUUGCUCGGACUCUAGAAAGGCUCUCUGGACGUACAGCCUUCGCUCAUCUCUUUGUGACUCACGCAAUGAAGCGGCACCUGGAAGUGGAGUGGCAGCUUGAAGGACACAAAGCUGUCCUGCAUGAUCGACCUCCGAAACACUUCAGGAAGGCCCAUGUCAGCGAGACGCAUACAUUGUGGAAAGGGCUUGCUCCACGGCUGACGCCCGAUCUCGAAGACUUCUGGCCCAAAGAGUCACAGGUCACAAAAUCGUCUACACCCUUUACUCAGCAAGACGCUGCCGGUAAGAUCUCGUUGAGGGCUGAUCGGCCCGCCCUGGUAGUCUCUUCGACGAGUUGGACAGCGGACGAAGACUUUGGUCUCCUGCUGAGAGCAGCGCAGCUGUACGAGAAGCGAGCAAAGGAGAUCCGUGGCCGGACCCAGGCCUCGAGCUCGACGGCAUACUCAGAGUCGCCUCGUACCAGCGUCGAUUUGCAACAGCACUCGAGCAACGGAUCGACCAGCGGGGCUAAAUUGGAGGUGCGGCUGCCCGCCUCGGCCUCCUCUGACUCGUUAGAGAUGGAAUGGCCGGGGACCCCCUCUGGGUCCCGCCCAUCUCAUCGUAGCCGAAGGCCCUCUGGCCAAUCACGCAGGUCAUUCACGCUGCCCAAUACCCCUGCUGAGCGACUGCCCAAGCUGCUCAUUGUCGUCACCGGAAAAGGAGAGCUCAGGUCGUACUACGAGAAGGAAGUCGCGCGACUGGAGAAGACCGAGGCCUGGGAAUUUGUCAGGAUCAGGACGGCUUGGCUGGAGAAUUGGGAGUAUCCACUUCUUCUCGGGUCUGCAGAUAUCGGCGUCUCACUACAUACCUCCUCAUCUGGUCUAGACUUACCCAUGAAGGUGGUGGACAUGCUCGGAUGUCAUCUGCCCGUCUUAGCCCUCGACUUCUCCUGCCUGGACGAGCUGAUACAACACGGCUACAACGGCUUGAAGUUCAGCGAUGAGGAGCAGCUGGUAGAGGGACUGGAGAGUCUGCUGGCAGACUUCCCUCACUCGUCGAGCUCAGAGAUCGGGAGCAGUGAACAAGGCAAUUGGUUGGUCAGGGGUGGUGGUCUGAAACAGCCUUUC